AUGAACAAGCUUUUCAUAAAAUAUUUAAUUUUCUUAACGGUAUUUGGAGUAUUAUUAGUAUUGUUUCUGAUUUUCAAAUUACACGAAAGUACUAUUACUAGUCCAGUGAUUUCUUACACACCAAACCCUCGAUUUGUUGCUGCAAUUAAAUCUAUUGGGUUUCCUCCGAUUAAAGCAGGAAAUCGAUGGAUUGUGGUGACAAGUGUCAGUCACCCAACAGAGGAUGUGAAGAGGCUUGCAGCGAUUGAAGACUGGAAUCUGGUUGUGGUGGCGGAUACAAAGACCCCGGUGGAUUGGUGGCUGGAGAAUGUGCAUUUCUUGUCGGUUGAAUACCAGAAGCAGUUACCUUUCUCUCUGGUAACUAAACUUCCUUACAAAUCAUACACCCGAAAAAAUAUUGGAUAUCUCUACGCGAUCUCAAAGGGUGCUGAAUGGAUUUAUGAUACUGAUGAUGAUAAUAAGCCUUAUGGGUUGGGACUAAAACAGUUUGAUUAUGAAGAUCAGGUCUCAGGAGCGCGAUUUUUGCCGCAAGACGCAAGAGAGUUGAGUCAACGAAUCUUCAAUCCUUACCGGUUCUAUGGAAUGGAUGGAAUGUGGCCACGAGGAUUCCCUUUGGAGCAUUUUGAGAAACACACAAAUGGAAAUAGUAGUCAGGUACUCUGCUACAAGAUGGAAAGAGCUGCUGUUCAGCAAGGACUUGUCCAACACGACCCUGAUGUUGAUGCUAUUUAUAGAUUGCUGAAUGCUGAUAAAAACAGCGGUUUGAACGUUGAAUUCAACAAGUUCGCACCUCCAAUCACUUUAUCAGUUGGAACAUAUUCUCCAUGGAACUCGCAGAACACACUAUUCCAUAAAUCGGCAUUCCAUACCAUGUUUCUUCCAACUACUGUCUCAUUCAGAACCACUGAUAUCUGGAGAUCAUUUAUCUCUCAAAAAAUCUUGCAUUUAUCCGGGCUAACUGUUUCUUUCGUACCAACAAACGCGAUUCAGUUUCGAAAUGCUCAUGACUAUCUAAAAGAUUUCCGGGAUGAGAAGAGGGUCUAUGAAGAUUCUGGAAAAAUGAUAGACUUUUUCCAUAACUGGAAAUGCGAUUCCAAAACUUUGGAGGAUUGUAUUCAUAAGCUACUGUAUGAUCUAGUUACAGCAGAUUUUUGGCUCCGGGACGAUGCGGAGAUGAUGGAAAUGUAUCUGGAUGACUUAAAGAAUUUAGGUUUUCAAUUUUCAAAACUGUUGGAUUACGCAAACUCUCCAAAUUAUUCCCCGUCUCAAGAUGAAACAACUCGAAAUGUGAACUGUAGGCGGAUGCACCUAGAGUUUGAUCUACUAAAGUCUAAAAAAGAAGAGGAUUUUAGUAUCCGGAAGGCAGAACAGAAACUGAAGUACUUUGGAGAUAUUGUAAAUUGGUGUAAGGAGACCGGGUAUUCGGAUCUACCGAAUACGUUUCCCAUUGCUACGCAACUCGCAAAGGAGCAUGAUGAUACUUAUGUUUUUCAAAAAGAUUUGAAUAGUGUACUAAUAGCCGUGAACAACUACCCCUGGCAGUACGGGAUGGGGUUAAUUCAACGUCUUUAUCAACCUUACUUUGCCACAAUCAUUUUCUGUGGAUCGUGGUAUCCCGAAAAAAUUGAAACAGUAGACAACAUGACUUCCGUUUUGCACCCCAUCAACUAUAUCCACAUGAAUCCCUCGGAAAUUUCCUAUGGAGCCUAUGCCUACCACUGCGUUACUCUCGUCAAAGAAAUGCGUUUGAAUAAUGUGCAAGGAUAUUUUAUGAUGUCUGACGAUGCUGUCUUUAAUAUAUGGCAGCGUGUCGACUACUCGAGAGUACAUCACCUUACAGGAUCUCUAAAUAUUUACAAUACGUAUUUUACAGGUAUAUAUGGCGAACCAGCUGCCAAAAAAAUAUUAGCCACUGUGAAGGACUCAACAGACUUAAAAGUUUUGGAAACGUGGAAAAAGUUCGACGAUGGUUUGAAAAAGUACGCAUAUAACAACAUUACGGAUGGGGCAGAAGCCGUACUUUUGAGCACUUACGGGAAAAGUUACUCGGACUUCUAUUACAUUCCUUCAACUGAAAUUGAUUACUAUGCCGACUUGAUGAGACUCUUCUAUGAUGGUGGACUGUUUCUAGAGACUGCUGUUGAUAGAUUCAUAAGAUCUAUUAAUCAUCAAACAUCACUCGCCGGGGAAUCCAGUUAUCUUUGGUUUGACGAUCGUGAGAAAUGGCCAAAGCUCUAUAAUAAGAACCUCGUUGCUCUGCAUCCAGUCAAGCCUAGCAUGUUCCGUUAUCCAGGAGAUGCUCGAAAAACAUAUUGUGCAACAGUCAUCCAAUCUUGGGCUGAUAUUGUGUUUGAUGGGUCCCGGAACUUCACAAUCAAAGAUGAUGGUGCCAAAGAGAAUUAUACGAUAAUUUAA